AUGAAAUUAUUAAUAGUUUUAAUAGUACUAUUAAUUAGUUUAGUUAAUUCAAAAUUAAUACCAAAAAAUUUAUCAGGUGAACCAUCAGAAUUUGAAUCAUUUAAAAUUCCAAAUCCAGAAGAUGUAGCACAAAGUUCAGAUAGUUCAUUAAUUCCAAUUACUUUAGUCAAUAGUGAAACCACCAACGAAGCUGAAUGGGUUGGUAUUGUUUCAGUUGAUUCAGAUAAAGAAUUCACACUCACAAUUUUCUCAGAUUUUGCUGUAGGAUUAAGUGUCGAAGCUACCCAACCAAAAAUUGAUUUAGACCACAAUAACCACGGUCGUCGUCAUGGAAAUCACUUUGAAUAUAAUAAGCAACAUAAAGAUAGAAUCCAUAAAAUGAUGAAAUCAGAUACCCCAACUCCAACCAUUACAAAUGGAACUUUUGGUAUUGAUGGUGCUACCGUACCAUCAUUAUCAUAUACCUGGGACAAACCAACAGUAGGUGAUUGGACAAUUAAAAUUACAGCCAACCAAGAAUUAAAUAAAAACAAUAAAUUCAAAUCAAGAGUUUCAGAUGGUGAAGCCAAUUUAUUCCUUCUUGUUCAAAAUCCAAGUGAUACACAUAUUUAUUCAUAUGUUCAAUCAUACAACAACUUAUUCGUCAAUGAAAAAGUUCCAAUUUUAGCAAUGCUUCACAAAAAAUCAGAAUGGACUGAUUUAACCUCACGUCCACUCAAUUGGAAACCAACUCCACUUAAACUCACCAGUACCACUGCUCAAGUUUUUGUUUCACUCCCAGAUGGCUCCUCAGAAGUUAUUGAAAUGUUUGAUGAUGGUCUCCAUGAUGAUUUAAAUGCUGAUGAUGGUGUUUAUGGUGCCUACAUGACCGUCCAAGAAUUAGGUAACUAUGAUAUCCAAGUUGUCCUCAAGGGUACUAAAGAUAAAAAGAAUAUCGUUCGUUCAAAUCAACAUUUAAUUCCAAUUACCACUCAAUUCCUUGAACUCACUGGUAAUGUUUUCAGUGAACAAGAUGGUGAUGCUAAUCUUAACUUUUACUAUGAAGUCGAAAGUGCCAACCAAACCACUCCAUCCACUACUCCAGUUCGUCUUUACUCUGAAGUUUAUGGUACCGAUAAAAAGGGUAAUAAAGUUGCUAUUGCCUGGGUCGGUGGUGUUACCUCAGCUCAAUCAUACCAAGGUACCUAUUGUUUAUCAGCCAACUUAAACGCUAGAUGGAUUGCUAAAUUAGAUGGUGUCACUGGUCCAUUCUCUGUUAAAAAUGUUAUCAUCUCAGAUCUCAAUACCUUUAUUCCAUUAAGCAAUCAAUCAUCACACUUGGGUGUUCAAAUGAUUGGUCAAUACAAAGAUGUCAAUCAAAUCGACUUUGAUGUCCCACUCCAUAUCAUCACCAAAGAAAUGCGUGAUGGUAAAAUGCCAGAAAACCUCGCUCAACGUUUCGGUAAAACUCCAUCAGGUAAUGGUAAAUUAAUCUUAGUUCACGGUUAUUGUUCAUCUGAUAACCCAUGGCCACUCCAAGACUUUACCAAUGCAGUUCAAUUUUUAGAUCUUAACCAGAAUAGAGGUAAUGAUCAAUUUGCUCAAAUGGUUGGUGAAUUUGGUGCUCAAUAUACCGAUGGUUUCUCAUUAGUUGUACACAGUCAAGGUGGUAACCAAGCUCUUCACUUAUUAACCUUUUACCACAGUGGUCUCGAUCUCUCAACUGCCUAUGAAGGUCGUGUUAUUCAAUCCAUGGGUACUCCAUACAAAGGUACUGCCCUCGCUGGUACUCUUGCUAGCAUUGGUAAAAUCAUUGGCAUUGGUUGCUCAGCAAACAAUGAUCUCACUAUCGAUGGUGCUGCUCUUUGGUUAAAUACCAUUCCAAAAGAAAAACGUGCUCUCGUCUAUUAUACCACUACUCAAUACAAAACUGGUAAGUUAAUUAACUAUUGCCAACUUGCCGCCAACAGUGUAUUAAAAUGGCCAAAUGAUGGUGUCAUCGAUCAUGUCGGUGGCGAAUUAGAAGGUGGUAACUAUGUCAGUAACAUUAAAGGUUUCUGUCACACCUCAGAAAUGCACUCUCCAGCACAAACCUCAAAUACAGCCAACAAUAAAGAAAUGGAUUCUAAAUCAGUUUGGUAA